AUGGAAGAAGCAAAUGAAGUAUGCGUACCGGCUGAUCAGCAUCAAAAUCUUAAUUCAAUCUUUCACUCAAGUAAUAUUGCCAAUAAAAUUAAUGUAUCCUAUAGAGAAGCAGUGGGAAGUAUUUUGUAUUUGUCUCAAGUAUCUAGACUUGACAUUGCAUAUUCUGUUAACCUAGUCAGUAGAUAUCUAGAUAACUAUAAAAAAAUUCAUUGGAACUCUGUAAAAAGAAUAAUCAAAUAUGUGAAGGGAACAAUUGGAUAUGAUUUUGCUGGUUGUGUGGAAGCAAGACGCUCUACAACUGGUGUUAUAUUUAAUCUUAGUUCAGCUGCUAUAUCUUGGAAGUCACAGAAGCAAGCAACAGUUUCUCUUUCGACAACAGAAGCAGAAUAUGUGGCUGCUAGCAUCGCUGUUAAAGAUCUAUUAUAG